AUGCCCGCGGACUACCUGUCCACCGCCAGGGCGCUAUCUCUCUCACCAUCUCCCCCGAUCCCUAUACCUUCUUCUCCUGAUAGUGAUGUUCAUCCGCCCUGGAGUCGCGCCGGUAGGCUAAACACCGGCAGAUCGAGCGGGCAGGGUGCAAGCUAUCGCGAACAGAUAAUCCAGCGCGGCACAGAGUUAUAUGUCCGUAUGAAUAAGAUAUGGGAGGGGAUGAGUCUAUGGAAAAAAAUCGGGGCUUGCUUCGCUGCUAUAUUCCUGGGUCUAUCCGGGAUCGCGUUCUUGGUGUUAACGGGGAAGCUGUUCAUCUGGCUUGGCCCGGUCGCUGAGACGUGGGAAACAUCCUGGCUCGCCGCCUUGAUCCUGUGGCUAUGUGUCUUUUUUGUCUCAUUUCCACCUCUUGUGGGUUGGUCAACAUUUGGGACUGUGGCUGGUUUUAUAUUUGGUAUAUGGAAAGGAUGGUUGAUUUACGCUUCCGCAACAAUUCUUGGCUCGACUGUCUCGUUUUAUGUUUCGCGGACAAUUCUGUCUGGAUUCGUCAAACGUCUUAUGGAACAUGACAAGCGAUUCGCCGCAUUGGCCCUGACAUUGAAAUAUGAUGGCCUCAAACUUCUUUGUAUGAUCCGUUUAUGCCCGCUGCCCUACUCGAUCUGCAACGGAGCUGUGUCCACAUUUCCUACGGUGCAGCCGUUGAUGUACGGACUUGCCACAGCCAUCAUCUCUCCCAAAUUGUUGGUUCCUGCGUUCAUCGGUAGUCGGAUACGUCUGCUCUCCGAAAAGGGCGAGGAGAUGAGUGCGGGAUCCAAGGCCGUGAAUAUCUGCAGUAUUAUCCUUACAAUCGGUAUUGGAAUCUUCACCGGGUGGUAUAUAUACCAAAGGUUUGAGCCCCAAAUUCAUCGGUCAACUUUGGCCCGCGCAAAGGAGCUCGAAGCCCAAGAGCGUGCAGAUAUCCGAGAUUCGCUUCAAGCUGAUCAUGCAGCGCACCGCCCUCAUCAUGGGUUUUCAGAAGAUCCUGAUGUAAACAAAGCCUCUCUCACAAUUGCGAGAGACGAAGAAGAGCGAAUGGGAUUCACUGAUCUGGACGACGACAAUGUUGACCUGAUUUUGGGUGACGACAGUGACAAUGACCAGCCGGGCUGGGAAAACUCGAACAGGAGAUCAUAUCACGAUGAGUUCACCGAUAAUGACUCGGACGGGUUCGCAGGGGAGGAUGGUGCCUAUGGUCUGCACACUCAUGUUGAAACCUAG